AGCGGCGAGUACAAAGGCCGCAUUGUCUUCAUCCACGGCUACAGAGACAUAUAUGAGCUUUUUUUUGGGCUCUUCAACGUACUGACAGCCAACGGCUACGACGUACAUUUCCACUACCAGCGCGGCGAGGGCACGUCGCGGCCGGCUGGCAAUGUGCAAUCCAGCAACGACGACUCGCGCGUCUACAAGGAUAUGGACUUUUUCAUCAAACGGAAUCUGGAAUCCGACGAAAAGGUGAUUCUGAUGGGUCAUUCGAUGGGCGGCGGGCUGAUUCUCAACUACAGCGCGUUUGGCACGUACCGCGAGCGGCUGCUGAUGACGGUUGCGUGCUCGCCGCUGAUAGAGCUCUCGCCGGAAACAGCGGUGCCCAAGCACCACGAGUGGGCGAUCCGUGCUCUGUGCUGGGCCGUUCCUCCUGCUCGGUACGUGCGCAUCAAGACCCCACUUAAGGUGGAGUACGUUUCGUCGUUGCCCGAGGUGCAACAGUUCAUCCAAAGCAAGACGCCGCCGGCCAAGCUGACGGCCACGGCGAUCGAGGCUCGCGACUUUGUGCUGCGCGGCAAACGACUGCUCCAGCCAGAACUGUACACUCGCUACGACAAAAACCUGCCAAUUGCCAUUCUGCACGGCAACGCCGACCACAUCAAUGACUGCCGGGCAAGCAAGACCUUCAUUGACAACCUACAGAGCGCC